GGCCGGCUGGGCUAGCACAUUGGCGCCGGGUCCCGGAAGUGCUCCUCCCGCACUGCUCCGGCCCAGGCUCCUCCAUGAGGCAUGCUGAAGCGCCCGGUGAGCACUUCCCACCCGGCCGCGAGCUGAGCGGAGCCCUGGCUGAGGCGGAGAUGGAGAGCCCUGGGGAAGGGCGCACGGCCAGCGUGCUGUUCGCGGGGUUCCGGGCCUUGGGGCUCUUCAGCAACGACGUUCCACACGUGGUGCGGUACAGCGCGCUCAAGCGCCGCUUCUAUGUGACGACUUGCGUGGGCAAGAGCUUCCACACGUAUGACGUUCAGAAACUUAGUCUGGUUGCAGUAAGUAACUCUGUUCCACAGGAUAUCUGUUGCAUGGCAGCUGAUGGGAGGCUAGUCUUUGCUGCAUAUGGGAAUGUUUUCUCUGCAUUUGCCCGUAAUAAAGAGAUAGUACAUACUUUUAAGGGCCAUAAAGCAGAAAUCCAUCUUUUGCAACCCUUUGGGGAUCACGUUAUCUCAGUGGAUACUGACAGCAUUCUUAUCAUUUGGCACAUAUAUUCAGAAGAAGAAUACCUUCAGUUGACAUUUGAUAAAUCAGUUUUUCAAAUUUCUACAAUUUUGCAUCCAAGCACCUACUUGAAUAAAGUCCUGCUGGGCAGUGAACAGGGAAGCCUGCAGUUAUGGAAUGUAAAAUCCAAUAAACUUCUGUAUACAUUUCCAGGGUGGAAAGUUGGAGUGACAGCCCUUCAGCAGGCACCAGCUGUGGAUGUUGUUGCCGUUGGUCUUAUGUCUGGUCAAGUUGUCAUUCACAACAUUAAGUUUGAUGAAACAUUAAUGAAGUUCCGUCAGGAUUGGGGACCCAUUACUUCCAUUUCAUUUCGCACAGAUGGUCAUCCUGUAAUGGCAGCUGGAAGCCCAUGUGGCCAUAUUGGACUCUGGGAUCUGGAAGACAAAAAAUUAAUCAAUCAAAUGAGAAAUGCACACUCCACAGCAAUAGCUGGGCUGACAUUUCUCCACAGAGAACCGCUGCUUGUUACAAAUGGCGCUGACAAUGCUCUUAGGAUAUGGAUAUUUGACGGCCCUGCAGGGGAAGGACGACUGUUGAGAUUCAGGAUGGGACAUAGUGCUUCUCUUACCAAGAUCAGAUAUUAUGGACAAAAUGGACAGCAGAUUUUAAGUGCAAGUCAAGAUGGAACCCUGCAGUCCUUUUCUACAGUCCAUGAGAAAUUCAACAAGAGCUUGGGGCAUGGAUUAAUUAAUAAAAAGAUAGUUAAACGUAAAGGACUUCAGAACACCAUGUCAGUAAGGCUCCCGCCUAUCACCAAGUUUGCCGCUGAGGAAGCUCGUCAAAGUGACUGGGAUGGUAUCAUUGCUUGCCACCAGGGUAAGCUGUCUUGCUCAACCUGGAAUUACCAAAGAUCUACAAUAGGUGCUUAUUUUCUCAAGCCAAAAGGAUUAAAGACAGAUGACAUCGUUGCAACAGCAGUAGAUAUAACGUCCUGUGGAAACUUUGCAAUAAUUGGCCUCUCAUCAGGAACUGUAGAUGUGUAUAACAUGCAGUCUGGUAUACAUCGAGGAAGUUUUGGAGAUGAUAAAGCUCAUACAGGUUCUGUUAGAGGUGUUGCGGUGGAUGGAUUAAACCAGCUGACAGUUACAGCUGGUAGUGAACGAUUACUCAAAUUCUGGAACUUUAAAAGCAAGGUUUUAAUCCACUCUUUGAGCCUUGAUUCAUCUCCAAAUAUGAUGCUGCUCCAUAGGGACAGUGGCAUUCUGGGGCUUGCCUUGGAUGACUUCUCCAUCACUGUCCUAGACAUAGAAACUAGGAAGAUUGUCAGAGAGUUCUCUGGACACCAAGGCCAAAUAAAUGACAUGACGUUCAGUCCUGAUGGCCGUUGGUUAAUAAGUGCUGCAAUGGAUUGCUCUGUUAGGACUUGGGACCUCCCAUCUGGCUGCCUUAUUGACUGCUUCCUGUUGGACUCGGCUCCUCUCAAUGUCACUAUGUCCCCAACUGGAGACUUUCUAGCAACUUCCCAUGUGGAUCACCUUGGGAUUUACCUGUGGUCGAAUAUUUCCCUCUAUUCGGUUGUCUCCCUGCGACCACUUCCUCCAGAUUAUGUCCCUUCGGUAGUGAUGCUUCCUGGGACUUGUCAAACCCAAGGUCCGGAAGUGUUGGAAGAACAGAUUGAGCCAAGUGAUGAAAUGAUAGAGUAUGAGUCGCCACAACAGUUGAGUGAGCACCUUGUGACUCUGUCACUUCUCCCUGAGUCACGCUGGAAAAACCUUCUGAAUCUUGAUGUUAUCAAGAAAAAGAAUAAACCAAAAGAGCCACCCAAAGUACCCCAGUCAGCACCAUUUUUCAUCCCAACGGUUCCUGGGCUUGUACCCAGGUUUGCUGUACCUGAGCAGAAUGGGGAUCCCCAGCAGUCAAAGGUGGUAAAUCUUGGGAUUUUGGCUCAAAAGUCAAAUUUCUACCUGAAACUUGAAGAAGGAUUGGUAAAUAAUCAAUAUGAAGCUGCUCUUCACCUUCUGAAAGAAAUAGGCCCAUCAGGAAUUGAAACAGAGCUGCGAAACUUGUCUCCCGAUGAUGGUGGCUCCGUAGAAGUCAUGCAAGCCUUUUUGAAAAUGAUCGGGAUGAUGUUGGACAGAAAGCGUGACUUUGAGUUAGCCCAGGCAUACCUUGCAUUGUUUUUAAAGUUACACCUCAAAAUGCUUCCUUCAGAGGCAGUGCUGUUAGAAGAACUGGUAAAGUUGUCGUCACAGGUGGACGAAGACUGGACUCAUUUACAGUCUCUCUUCAAUCAAAGCAUGUGUAUUUUAAAUUAUAUCAAAAGUGCUUUGUUGUAAAAAAUAAACUUAGUGAUUACAGAAAUCAAAGCUCUAUGUGAAAUGUUGAACUUGUCUUCAUUCCCAGCUCAGUAUGGAAGGACGUGUUGGCAAUGCUUGACCAGCAGUGUUCUGUAUUCUAAGUGCAAAAUACCUUGUAGCUGUAGAACUAUACCUUCUUUAUGCUCUGAACACCGAGGGGAUCUAAAACCACCUGAGUUCCUUCACACUAGUCACAUACAUGAGGCUUUUUGAAUUAUUGCCAUUUAGUAUUUUUUCAGUAUGUUACAUAUAAUAGUGUCUAUUUAGUAUGAAGUUUUGCAGAGUUAAAUUGACAAUGUCAAGUAAAGCAGAUCUAUAAUGUAUUUCUAAAAAUGCUUUUUGUUAUAUUAGAAAAAUGAGUGUUUAUUUUCUGGGUGCCUUUUGAUGAAGCAUAAAUUGUUGGUUCUUGAAGCUGUGCUUUAUGUCUGGUACCUGUGGUACAGCCCUCCUGUGUUACAGAAGAGUCCAAGUAAGGUUGUCUGGGACCUGCGGCAUGUCUAGUGUAUAGCACAGGAUCUAGAGCUUUCUCUGUUGACUCCUUUCUAAACAAGUUUUUGUUAGAUCAAAAUGUGAGAGGUCCUUGCUCCAGGCAGGCGCACCAGGAAGAGGUGCAGCAGGUACUUGCACAGGGAGAUUCCAAGCUCCACUGAGCCUGGCUUUCACAGUUUCUCCUCCUUCUCUGACGUGUUUAUAUGGGAAGAAACUGCUGACUACACUCGUCAUCAUUUUCUUUUCUAUGGUCCAGGCUUUAGCAACUCAGGAAUUAGAAUGAAGCAAUUCUUGGGGCUGGAGAUGUAGCACAGAGCCCGUAUAAACCAGGCUUGCUGGUGUGCACCUGCAAUCCCACCACUCCAGAGGGAAAGGCUGGAAAACUAGGAAGAUACUGGAAACCAUAGCUGGAGGCUAGCCUGGAAUACAUGAGAUCCUGCUCAAAUAGUAACAAACGAAGA